AUGCCAAGGAAAGGUACUUUGCUAAACUCUCUGGCAAGAGGCCGUAUACGUGCUUCGUUUAACAAGUUCAAUUUGUUCAAUUUGUAUAAAAAAGGACAAGUUAACUUUAGAAACAAAAAUUUGUAUCAGCAAAAGUGGACUGCUAAACAAGAAACUAGAUCAUACCAUGGUGAACAUAUUAGAGAAGGUAGAUGGCAGUCGAUGUUUCAAUCUAAAUUGGAUUCUGUAGCUCAGUUGGAUGCCUCUUUACGUGGUAGUGCUGUUCAAGAAACUCCAUUUUUAUUACAAACAUAUUCUGUUCUAGAAAAACGAUUGGAUUUUGCGUUGUUUAGAUCUAUGUUUGCGUCUUCUAUCAGACAGGCUCGUCAAUUUAUUAUACAUGGAAAUGUAUACGUUAAUGGAACCAAGGUUAAGCAUCCUGGUUAUACUUUAAAACCUGGUGAUAUGUUUAAUGUCAAACCUGAAAUGGUUUUAAAAGCCUUAGGCUAUAAAAAGCCAAGUUUAUUAGAAGGUUUGAAAAUAGAUAAAAUUCAAAUCGCUUCAUGGAACAACUAUGUAGAUAGAGCUAAGAAAAAUCCAAGAUUAGUUUGGGAAACUAAAAUUAAAAAAUGGAAGGAAUUGCCUGAUUCUGAUCCUGAAAAACAGAAGUUUUUAUCUAUGCUAAAAGAGUAUAGAAAAAAUAUCGAAACUGAAGAAUUAAGCGAAGUUAAAACAUGUACUCCAGAAACUAUUUUGAGUAAAAUUCUCGAGGUUCAAGCCCAAAGUAAUAAGGAAUUGGAAUCAUUAACAGAAAAUGAUUUUAAAUCUGUUGUUAAAAGAGAUGGAAAGCUUGCUACCAAAGUUUUUUCUUGUUUCCAAGAAUUUUCAAAAUCAGGUUUAAUUAAAAACGACGAAAUUAAGGGCAAAAAGGCAACAGAAUUGAAAACAUUAGUAUCAGAGUUAAUGUCGCCUUCUGCUGAUGCAAAGAAAGAUAUGACCGAUAGUGCCAAGUUAUCCAUUAGAUCUGGUAAGAAACAUUUGACUGAAAUUACAAAAUCUUAUACUACAUCCGUAAGAGAUUCUUACCAAUUGAAAAAAGAGGACUUGAAUUCUGAUACAUUACCAUAUGAUGAAAAAUGGGUAGAAUCUUUGUCUCUUCAUAAACCAAUCAAUCCAGUCGAACUAGGUGAAAAUGAAUUAAAAGCAAGAAGGGCAAUCAACUUACCAGAGCAGAAGCAUGUUUAUGGUCGUAAAAAUCCAAAUAAACCAUAUUUUACACCAUGGAAGCCAAGACCUUUCUUAGCUCCUUUUGCAAUCCUACCACACCAUAUUGAGGUUUCGUUUAAGACAUGCCAUGCUGUUUAUUUAAGAGAUCCAGUUGCUCGUCCAGGUCACUCAGAAGUUAUCUCUCCUUAUGGUCUUCCAGUUCAUCAAAAGGCAUACAUGUACUACGUUAGAAGUGGUAAAUAA